GGACACUUUUGCUUUGUGGCGGCUCAUUUUACCAGAGCAGGGGAGAUGGACAAGACCGUGCUGGCGCGAGCGACAGAGGACUCGGACUCGCCGACGCCGGGAUACCUGUAUGGGGAGAUUGCUCGCAUGACGCAGCAUUCGUUCGAUACGUGCUUGAAAGUUCAAGAAUACUUGAUCGGGCGUUUGAAGAAGAACAAACCCAACAUCAAGUACAAGGCACUUCAAGUGAUCAAGCAAAUUUGCCGCGAGGGACGACAGGAAUUCCGUCGAGAAAUGCAAAAGCACGUGCCUACCGUCAAGGAAGCUCUUCAGUUUCGCGGGCCGCCUGAUCCGUUGCGUGGCGACGAGUAUUACCGCCGCGUCCGCGAAUCUGCCAAAGAGUGCUUGGACGCGAUCUUCGACACGAACGUGACUGCGGUGGCGGGCAUAUCCACCCGCAUCAAAGGUGUCGGCAACCCUGAAGCCGCCCCGCAGUCGUCGGGUUGGUUCAACAAAGCACCCAAAGACACUGCGCCGACGCCAUCCCAAGGACCCAACGUGUACGGCACACAACAGCCGACUGGGUACGACGCACCGGGAUAUCCUGGUGGGUACAACGGACCUCCCUACCCCAGCAACGACCCCAACCAGUACCCUCAGCAACAGCCCCCGUAUCCUGGCGGCCCACUGCCUCCAUACGGUAGCAACGCGGGUCCAGGAGGCAACUACCCUGCUCCUGGCAUGACCGGGUUGGGCAACCCCAUGUUCGAAGAGAAGAAAGCCGAAGGCAAAGGAUUCUUUGGGGGUCUCAAGGAAAAAGUGUCGUUCAAGUCGGAGCCCAAGGUCACUUUUGCGGGCGCGCCGCCUGGCUCCCAAAACGCGCCCGACGGAUGGAACUUUUCCACGAACCGGGGGCCGACCUCCGGCGCGUACAACCCGAAUGCUCCUUCGACUUACAACCCGUCAGAGCCAUACCGACCCAACCAACAACAACAACCGCCAUACAAUGCCUCCAAUGUCGGCGGAUACACUGGCCCCACUUCUUCGUAUGCCGCGCCGUCGGGCUUGUACUCUGACACGGACGCCGAAGUGCGCCAAAACAAGUCGCAAGAGCUCCGGGAUCGUGCUUACGAAGGCGAGCGCAAGAAAGGCCGUGUCGGUGGCGUCUGGGACAAUAUGCCGACGCCCACGUUGCCUCAAGCAUCCUCGCAACCACGUCCAUCUAGCCGACAGGACGACGGACCACGACCUGCCGAACGCAUCCACAACGAAUGGGCCCAGGAGCAGCAGUACGUGCGCCGCCAUUCUGCUGGCCCACCGCAUGCCGCUUCGCAACAGCACGAUCAGCAACAGCACGUAUCCGGGCCAUAUGGCCGCGGUGGCGCGUCGUCCGAUGGCGCGUACGAACGUGGAAUCAUCGAGGGGUUGUGUGCACCCGGUGGCAUGCGUGCCGUCCCGCCCAAGGAUAAGCUCGACUUGUUUCUCAAGAGCGCUCUCACGUUGGACGCCGAAGUUGUCGGACCGAUCCUGGACGAAUUGGUCGGCGCGACGGAUGCCUCGUGGCAAGUUGUGUCGAAGGCGCUCACGGUCAUCGACGGUCUCUUGGCCACGAACGGCUGCGAAACUUUCCAUGAGUACUUUUCAGACAACUACGACAUGAUUCUGCAAGUAUCCACAACGUCGGAGAAGGCGGCCGUGCGCGACCGCGCCGUCAAGAUUCUGCAUGUGCUCGGGAAAAGUGUGCCGUCGUCGUCUCAAGCAGCUCCUGGCCCCCGACGCUCCAGUGCUGCCACUCAACCGAGCAAUGCCGAUCUCCUUGGCGGCUUUGAUAGCCCCAAGGCAGCGUCCGCCCCAGCUACUGCUCAACUGUCGACGACUGCGCCCCAAGCGCCUGGUGGUUUGUUUGCUGGGCUGCAAACGUCGUCGUCGUCACUCGAUGUUCACUCAGCACCGCCAUCCCAGCCAGCUCCGUCUGUGCAGUCGGCAACGUCCAUGUUUGGCGGGUUGUCGCUGGGUGGCACGGAUUCAACCCCGGCCGCUGGAAGUACUUACGCCACCACGGCGCCGACGACGUCUGUCUCGUUCGACCCGCUCUUGCAGCCCGCACCGGUCCCUCCUCAACCGACGUAUGCUCCUGCGUACAACCCGAACCAGUUCAUGGCCCCCCAACAGCCGUACUACGGAGUCCAGCCGCCUCCAAUGAUGCCGCUCCCUCCGUCGUAUGCGCCACAUCCCCAGCAACACGUUCCAUUUGUCCAGGCGCCUCCGCCGCCGCCCAUGGGGCUGCACCCGCAAUACCAGCACCAAUACGUGCUGCAGCAGCAACAGUACCUGGCUAAACCCGUCGCUUCGUCUUCGCAAGUCAUUGGGGCGGCCAUGAUCCCGACGGGGUACAUCGCCAAGACGAUCCACGAACCGACGGACUCGUCUACGUUCAACUUUAUGAAGCGGGACGACUCGUUCAAUUUUGUCAAGGAUCACAUGAAAGGGUAGAGUCCGAUAGUAACGAUGCGCAAAUGUCGUCGGUGUUGAUGCGGAAGGUGGUCGCUGGCACGGGGACGUGCCACGUCAUGACGUCUAAUUUUGGUUCCAUCGCUGCUGAAAAUAAGUGCCGCCACUUGAACACGGGCGCGAGUCUAAGUUUAGACAGCACAAUGUGACGCCGUGCGGCGACCACCACACUGGGAUUCCC